CUCAAUGUUGCAGUUAUAAGGCCUCCAAAUUUGUCUCACGGUCGGUGUUGUCUAGAAACCAACGUUAGUCCCCAAGUUUAAUCAUGGAGCUGACACUAUUUAUAGCUGCAACACUGAUAAAAAAUUAGCAACCUCUCUACCUCGGUAAAAGAGCCAUCGUGCGUUUUUUGUCUCACGGCUGUUUUUAAUUUUUAAAGUCGUUUUACUAUGAAGGAUGUAAGAUACAAAAAGAUAUUUAAAAAUGAUGUUUCUUCUUGUUUUACUUUGAUAGAUUCUACAAAGGAAGACAGGAGUUCACUUGACAUUUUAACCUGCUUAAAAGAUGCCGGGAUAUCGUUUGGCGAAAGCAGACAAAGAAGCACUUGGAAUUAAAUACCUUUGUAACUCGUGCACAUUUCUUUUAAAGGAUGCUAUUCAGACCAAAUGUGGACAUUUUUACUGUCAAUCUUGCCUUGGAAAUUUGUGUUUGAAUGGAACAUUAAACAUGACCUGUGUCCAAGAUCAAGUAGUCCUCCUUCCGCAUGAGGUCUUUCCUGAUAACUUCAUGCGGCGUGAAGUUCAAGCAUUGGUUGUCUACUGCACAUUUAUGGAAGAAGGAUGUAAAUGGAAAGGGGAAGUGCGUUAUUUGGAGAACCACACAGUCAGCUGUGAAUUUCUUAAAGUUCCAUGUGUACAUCCUGAGUGUGGGGCACUAGUGAAGAAAGCAGAUCUUACUGAACACUUGGAGAAGGAGUGCAAGUGCAGGCUUGAAACAUGUGGGUUCUGCAAGAAACAAAUCAAGCUAAACACAAUGAAGUUGCACCACGAGAAGGAAUGUCCAGCUUACCCAGUUAAGUGUGAAAAAUGCAUUAAAGCUGACAUUACAAGAGCCAAGUUGACACAACAUCAGGAUCCAUUUCUUGGAGACUGUGAUGGUAUACAGGGACCCUGUCCAUUUUCACAGAUUGGUUGCCCUGAAACUGAGGUCCUUACCCGGGAGCAAAGAAAAGAACAUUUGGAGCAAAUGAACACUUACCACACAACGUUGAUUUUGCGCCAUGCCGUACGAUUUAGCAGAGAACUGGAAGCAUUGCUGAUUCGAGAUCCAAGGAUCGUGUCCAGAGAUCCGCACAUCCUUCCUAAUUACGAGAGUGCAAUUACAGAUUUAGUCUCUCAAAUUCAAAUACAGGCGGGUGAAAAUAGAAAUCUGAUCCUAAAACAUCAAGAGCACAGCGAGAGGAUCACCGCUUUGGAGAGAAAAGUGGCUUCGGGAAAUCUCUCAAGUGCUGGUUCUUCCGUUCAAAUAGCCAGUGGGUCCGGUAGCGAUGCACAAAAUCCUGAGAUUACACGAAGAGUCACUAACGUUGAAAACCGAACCGCUGAUCAUGAGGUUCUUCUGGUGGAGAACAAUCGCACGAUGGAGGAAGUUAGACGUGACAUGGGUAAUAUGAAAAGGCAACUUGACACCACCCAGGAGAGCUCUAGGAGGCAUGACAGAAGGAUUGAAUCUAUCGAGCACACACUGGCUCUUAGAAAUGUAACCCUGGCUGAUUUGGAGGAAUACGUAAGACAACAAGAGUUCUCAAGCUACGAUGGCCAGCUGUUGUGGAAGAUUUCUGAUUACGCUCGCAAACGAAAUGACGCAGUUACUGGGCAGCAAGUCUCCUUCUACAGCCCUUGUUUCUAUACCAGUCGUUAUGGCUACAAAAUGUGCGCCCGCGUUUACUUGAACGGGGACGGAAUGGGCAGAGGGACGCACAUCUCGAUCUUCUUUGUGGUCAUGCGCGGUCAGUAUGAUGCACUGCUUCGCUGGCCAUUCAGACAGAAGGUCACGUUCAUGUUGCUGGAUCAAGAUAACGUGGAACACGUGAUUGACGCCUUCAGACCUGAUCCGAACAGCUCAUCCUUCCAGAGGCCAAGAAGAGAAACUAACAUCGCCAGUGGAUGUCCAAUGUUCUGUUCGCUUGCUGAGCUGAAUAAUCAUGCAUAUGUCAGGGACGAUGCCAUGUUUCUGAAAAUAAUUGUGGAUACGUCUGAUCUGUAAAGCAGAGCUCGAAUAUUCUUCCUUUGGGUGGUUCCAGUUAAGGCUAAACAAAUUUUCUUUGAUUACUUUAUGUUAUGUUAAUCAAACCACUGCACUUUUGAAGCUCAGGGUAUUUUACAAUGAAUAUAUGAAGGCCAGUGGUUUGAAUCCCGUACAGGCCUGAUUUUUUCAGGUCUGGUUUUCGC